GGAGAGCAUUAUAAUUGGGAUAUCAGAGCCCAAUCUCAUAUUCUGGGUUCAUAUUUCUAUGGUAACAUAGCUACCCAAUUGAUCGGAGGAAUAUUAGCUGAAAAAGUUGGUGCUAAAUAUGUUUAUGGCGGUGGAAUACUUUUGACAGCGAUUGUUUACUUGCUGACGCCGUUGGUCGCCAGAUGGGGUUACACUGCUGUUGUCGUAAAUCGAAUCAUUCAAGGUCUGGGAGACGGUGUGACAUUCCCAGCUAUAAACGUUGCCAUCAGUAAGUGGUCACCAACAAAUGAAAGAAGCAGAUCUUCGGCUAUUAUUUUUUCAGGAAUGCUUAUUGGGACCAUCAUUGGAAUGCCGAUCGCUGGACUUUUGUGCACUUCGGAUGCUUUCGGUGGGUGGCCAUCCAUGUUCUACGUAUUUGGUUCAAUAGGUUGCAUAUGGUUUGUAUUUUGGUGUGUUUUAAUUUAUGAAAGUCCAGCAAUACAUCCUGCCAUCUCAAAAGAAGAGUUACUUUUCAUCGAAGAAAACAAAACAGAACGAAAGAUGAAGAUGUCGAAACAAGUUUGGAAAAGCAUAUUUACGUCAGUACCAGUAUGGGCUCUUUCAAUAAUACAUUUUGGAUUUGAUUAUGGAUUUUUGAUUUUACUGACUGAGUUGCCCACUUAUCUAAACACAGCUCUUAACUUUGAUUUAAAAUCGGUAAGCAACUUUUGUUUUGACCCUUUUGCACUGCGAAAGGUGCCCCACCGUUAUCUCUAA